AUGAUAUGGGCGGUGCUUCUUCCCGGCGUCUUCAAUCCCGCAAUAAAAAGGAAGGCCAGCUCGACAGUGAAUCACAAGUGUCGUCCAAGUGCACCUGCAACAACCAUGAUGGGCUACCAAAAAGGGAAAAUCAUCCUCUUCUUUGCGACGGUGACUUUCCUGAGCUGCUGCAACCCUGCCGCUAGUUCCGUCCUUCCGCGUGUCACUCGAACAGAUGACGCCAUCAUCGUUGAUUUUGCUGAUUCUCCCAUUCAAAGCAAGAACUACAACGGAGAAACAAUCAUUCAGCUGCCAGGGUUCAAUCCUUACGCAAUCAUGCAACAGAAGCCGCAGAAGGUUUUCUACGAAGGAUGGCCUUUUUUCUUCGGAUAUCCUACUCCUACUGGCCCAUCUACUAGGCAGUUUGAAGAAGUGCAACUACGGCAGCAGGUAGGAGUUGCCCCGGCCCCAACUACAACUAAAGCUCCAACUCCGGCUCCAACUCCAGCUCCAACUCCGGCCCCAACUCCGGCAACGUGCGGCCGUGGGCCAGCCAAAUUUCCUGGAACACGGUCAUUGAUUAGCGGAAGGGUCACCACGGGCGCGGACGUAACCAAAGCCAAAAAUAAUGCUUGGCCUUUCAUGGUAACCCUUAAAAAUAGUGCAGGUACAUUGUUUUGUAGCGGUGCUUUGAUUAGUGACACUAAAAUCAUCACAGCGGCUCAAUGCUUUGAAAAAAUGUCUGCAUUUGAAAUGCAAGGUGUGACCGUAUUGAUUGGCAUGACGAGCCUAACAGACGUUCAGAUGACGAGGAGAACGACUAAAAUUAUCCUUAACGGCAAAUUUAAUGCGUUUACCUACGCCAAUGAUGUGGCCAUCGUAACAAUGGACUCGCCUGUGAUUAUAUCCAAUACUGUUCAACCUGUUUGUUUGGCAGCGGCUAAUCCCAAUCCCAACCCCGACCCCGACCAAUAUGCCGGCCAGGAUGCCAUCGUCUUGGGAUGGGGAACGGCAGACAUAACAAAACCUAGUGCUACUUUGAUGCAAGGUAAAGUUGGAAUUGUGGCCAACUCUGAAUGCAGGGUUGAGCCGGCGUUUGGCAAAUAUGUUUCCGACUCAACCAUCUGUGUCGCUUCUACGACCGCCUUCAGCUGCGCAGGUGACGUCGGCGGUCCAGUAGUUAUUCUUUCGGCGCCAGGGACUUGGACCUUGGUUGGAAUCAACAGCUACACCAAGGCUGAUUGCAGUGCUACUGGCCUUAAAACUGCUAUUUCGGCUUUCAGGGCCUGGAUUGAUCUGUAUAAGAAUUAAAAUCAAAAGGAUAACGACGACAACCAACAAGAAAACAAAAUUUAGAACUAACUCUUCUUUUUUGGUUAUACUGCUGGUUAGAUUUUGGUUAGAUUGGCGUUUGGUUCUUAUAUUUGUUUAAAAUUCAGUUUCGGCAGACUAAUAUUGAUUAUUACAAGCCAUGGUAAUAAAUGCACUAUUGCAUACCAUUAAAUUAAACCAGUUUCUGAAUAAACAUGAGACAAAAGUAUUUA